AUGAAGGUGAAGCUAGCUGCACAAGUGUUAAGCCACUCAGUUGCUGCAGGAAUGUAUGCUAAAAUUUCACAAGAGGAACUCUCUUCAGAGGCUGUCACUACAGCUAAUGUUAUUGCAAAUAUGGACAAGCUGUUUGAUUGUGUCAACGCAUGCACACCAGACCUAAGAAGGGGGAAACCAUAUUCGACAAACAUGACAAAUAAUACACCACAUCUCACACAUUUCACUUUAAUGAAGAUUUUUUUUAAAGAAAUGACGUUUUUGGGAUGCAAACAAGCUCCUCCAUCCCAAGAAGGUUGGAUAUGGUCCAUCAAUGGAAUAGAACGAAUUUGGAGAAAUCUCAGUUCUAAACAUAAAUCAAUAAAAAGUUUGGAAACAAGAAGGCUCUAG